ACAUGUGGCUAUAUCUCGCAAUGUUUGCUUUUCAUUGCCAUUUUGUGAACGCAAACGAUAUUUUGAAUUCACCUCUGAGCAAGGAGUACCCGCAAGGGAAGUCCGAUUUGGUGUUUCUGCUGGAUCGCUCGGCCAGCGUCGGAUCGGCGAACUUUGAAGCUGAAAAGGGCUUUGUAGAAAGUCUACUUGGGCAGUUCUCGAUUUCUCCAGCAUCGACGCGAGUCGACGUCGUCAGUUACAGCGAAGAUGUGGUGCGACAUAUCGAUUACAUCCGGGAACCGAAGAACAAGUGUCACUUCAGUCAGGAUAUUCGGCAUGUGACGUAUAGAAAUAGCGGGAAAACGAACACAAAUGGCGCAUUGCAAGAAGCUAGAAAUAUUUUUGUUGGAAGUAGACAAGAUGUUCACAAGGUAGUUGUUCUCUUGAGUGACGGUCAGUCUAACACUGGCGGCGAUCCUACCACUACCGCUGAAGAACUUCGUCAAGAUGGCGUUGAAAUCUUUACAAUAGCAAUUGGACUUUUCAACAAAGAUGAGCUGAACAGCAUCGCAACAUCAGAUCAUCAUACAUUCGAAUAUUCGAGUUUUAGAGAAUUCAAAAAACUGGCUUCAAGAAUCAGAGGAGAUGCCCAUGAGGUGAAGUGGGAUGCCACAGUGUCUUUAGACAUGUGUAACAAUCUAUGCGCUCACCCGUCCAUGAGCUUCGGUUGCUGCGACAUCGAUGCCAAAUGUACCUGCGCAUUGAUAGGCGGUUUACAUGACUGUGUUUGCGGACCUGGCUAUUACGGAAACGCCGGCUUGAUUGGUCAGUGCUCAGGAAAGUCGUGUCCAAAACUGCGAGCGCCCUCACACGGUAAGAUAUCUCCGACAGUUUGUGACAAUGUAUUCAACGCUGUGUGUGAGUUCAGUUGCGAUGAUGGUUACGAAUUAAUAACCGACCAAUCAAAAUCAAGGCGUUGUCUUACUACCGGCGAAUGGUCUUCCAGUCAAGCAGUUUGUCAGAAACGGCAAUGUCAAAGUCUACCCCGUCCCACGAAUGGUGAUAAGCAAUGUAAAAACGGUAACGAUAAUGAAUUUGGAACUGUGUGCACGUUUUCAUGUAACCCUGGUUACGUACUGUCAGGUUCAAUACAUCGUAAAUGUACUGAAAAUGGGCAAUGGUCUGGAACAGACACUUCCUGUCAAGGCUUGACCUGUCCCGCUUUGAGAGCUCCGGACAAUGGGCGAAUAUACCCUAAGUCGUGCACCCAGAAGAAGCAAAAAGUGAAACGUAUAUGUAUAUUGCAAUGCAAUGACGGGUAUACUCUGAAUGGACCUCAAUUACAGGCCUGCACCAUAGAAGGAGAGUGGUCUGAUGAUGGUAUAGAGACAACAUGUAUUGAUGACGCACCACCAGAUAUAGAGUGUCCAGCAAGUAUCACAACUGAGUCAGAUCCUGGUCUCCCAAGUGCUCUUGUGCAUUGGUCAACACCAGUGGUGUUCGACAACAGUGGCAAGGAGCCUGUACUAACUGUUGAACCAGCCGGUUUAAAAUCGCCUCACAGAUUCACUAUUGGAUCCACGAUAAUAACUACACAGCAACCGAUGCAGAGGGCCGACACAAAUCAUGCAGAUUCAAGGUUAUUGUACAAGGUUAGAGAACCUAAAUAA